AUGGACACACUCCGGGUGGUCAUUGCUCUUCCCAGCAGUACAUACGAAGAGUUUUCUUCUCCCAUCAGUCAGCUCUGCAUUUAUCCCUUUGGACUAAACUGUGAGGGUGGAAAAACCCAGGAGCCCUGGAGUCAAGUCUUAGAGGCCACUAACUUUGGCCAUGCUUGUCCCCAGAUCAUUCUGUCUGACCUACCUGAUGCAGACAAGUGGGCUGCCAAUAGGCCUCUGUCAGAAGAUUGUCUCUUUCUCAACAUUUGGGCACCCCAUCCACAGCCCUCUACACCAGCUCCUGUUCUUGUCUGGAUACAUGGAGGGGGUUACUAUUUCAUUGGCACAGGUUCCCUGGACUUCUAUAAUGGGGCUUCCUUAGCUGCGACUGAGAACGUCAUUGUGGUCUCCAUGAAUUACCGUCUGGGAGCUCUGGGCUUCCUUUACCUACCACCAGCUGUCCCAGGAAACAUGGGGCUGUGGGAUCAACAGCUGGCCCUGACCUGGGUGAAGGAGAAUGCAGCUGCCUUUGGUGGAGAUCCAAAUCGAGUGACCAUUUUGGGCCACAGUGCUGGAGCAGCCUCUGUGGGCUUCCAUCUUCUUUCACCAAAAAGCGAGUCUCUUUUUGCUCAUGCUGUGCUUCAGAGUGGAGCUCCCAAUGCCAUCUGGGCUUGGUCAAGUCCUGAUGAGGUCAAGCAGAAAUCUCUUCUUUUUAGCAAGCUGAUGGGUUGCAAGGAAGGCAAUGAAAGUGAAAUUGUGACCUGCUUACAAGGAAAAACUACUGAAUUUCCUCAGAAUGAAGCAUCCAUCCAUACAGUAAGUAAUGUUCCUGUGGCCCCUCCAUUUUCACCAACAAUAGAUGGUGAUUUUUUACCUGAUGAUCCACAAAAGCUUCUGGAGAUGGGACGCAUUCAGAUUAAACCAACUCUCAUUGGUUUUACUUCUGAUGAAGGGUCAAUAUUUACGCUGUUGCUUUUUCCUGGCACCAAUCGCAGUCUCAUCUCUUUGAAACUAUUUCAAACAGUGAUACAACUGGCAUUGCAAAACGUGACUGAUGCUGCUGCCCAGGCUAUUGCACUGAAAUACGCUGAAGACAUUGACAUUCCAGUACUAAACUUCUCCUCCCUGUCACAAGCUUUGGGUGAUUCCCUCUUUGUAUGCCCAGCAGCUCAAUUUGCUGCAAAGAGCAGAGAAGCUGGGAGUCCCGUUUACACUUAUUCCUUCAGUCAUCGUACCCCUGGCUCUCUCUGGCCUGAGUGGGCAGGGGCACCUCAUGGUACUGAGGUACCUUAUAUGUUUGGGACCCUUGACUCAGCAUUGGGUGUCAACCAAACAUGCAGAGAAGCUGAGGCAGAACUGAGUCAUCGGGUGAUGCGGUACUGGGCAGAAUUUGCAAGAAGUGGGAAUCCAACAGGGCCAGAGGUCAGUGAAGUAGCAUGGCCACUCUAUAAUGCUACACAGCAGAAUUUCUUCCAUUUAGGUACUGAGCCUUCUGAGGUUUUGCAGAUCUCACCUGCUCGACACUGUGAUCUUUUAAAAAGACUAUCUGGAAAUCCAAAGAUAAAAGAAGAGGAAUCUACUUUCCCAGGCAAGGAGAAAGAUGGAGUGUCCAGUCUGCAGCAACAGGAAUCUCCAUGAAUGAUCACUUGGAAAGCCUGGUUACCUCAUGCUAUUCUCUUGAUAAGAACAGUCACAGAAGUCUUUCUAAAUAUCCUGUUGACCAAUUUCCACCAAGCAAGAACCACCUUACUUUGUUCUCUCUCCAGUUACACACCACUUUCCCCCACCCCAGAUUUAGGUCUUAUGAGAAGGGGCAAGGUUUCCAGCCUCUCUUCCAUGCACUUCUCUCAGAAAUCAAAAUGUGUAUCCCAGCUUGCUCACAUCUUGACUGCAAUUUGGUUGAUUUAAACCAUGGCUUAAACCUUGGUUAAAUCAUAUGACUUUUUAAAGACCACUCUUGUUUUUUUAAAAAAAUGGUUAUUCAUCAGUUAGCUCUCCACAUUUUCUGAUGCUUUAUCCACAGAUUCAACCAUCCAAGUCUUCAAAUAUGUGUGUGUGUGUGUGUGUGUGUGUGUGUGUGUGUGUGUAUGUAUGUAUAUAUAUAUAU